GAAAUUGAAGGUGAAAGCACUCACGUAACGCGGAUGUAUUGAAUGUUGUGCUACUUUUGGACAUGCAAAGCCCUACUGGGCAAAUUAAUUGUGCAUUUGGGGCCACUAUGAAUUAUUCUGGAAGGUUGAAAUGGUACUGCAACGAAAUUUUGAGAAGGAUAGAGGGUUCAGGACCCAUUUCAACAAUAGAGUUCAACGAAGAAGGCACACAUCUAGCCUAUGGAAAUGCUGAUGGCAUUGUUAGCACUAUCGAACUCGGCAAAGCAGAUGUUUCUGACAUAACACAACGUUGUCACACUUGUUCAAAACCUUAUCAGAUUUUUCUGAGUCACGAGCCAGAGUUUGAUUGUCUGAAGUCUCAGGCUAUAGAGGAAAAGAUCAGUCAUAUACGUUGGUUACCGAGGUCUGGUCGUUCUCACUUUUUACUUUCUUCUAAUGAACGUACUAUCAAACUUUGGCAGUUGACUGAAUUGCCUACACAAUCCUUUUCAAAUCUGAAUUUCCCCGUUGAAUGUGGUUGUCGACGUAAAGUUGUCAUCAGAUCACUAUCUGAUAUCAAAGUUCCUGUUUGUAUUAAAAACUAUGAAAAUACAACUGUACGAGUACAGAAUAAGAAAAUAUUUGCUCGUGGUCAUGGUUUUACAAUUGUUGGCCUAUCACCAUCUGCUGACCGUGAAACUUUCUUCUCUGCAGAUCCAUUAAGGAUAAAUAUGUGGAAUUUGGAAGUUACUAAUGAGGUGUUCAGUGUUAUUGAUCAUAUGCUUGAUCGUUUAGACGAUCGAUCACAUCUAAUAACUGGAAUUAAUUGCAGUAACUCUUCUCCAUCAUUGUUUGCAUAUGGUACCAACAGGGGUUCUAUUUUCAUUUGUGAUACACGAUCAAGUUCUCUUUGUGAUCAUCCUUCUCUUGCUUUUCAUAGCCUUGCUGCAGAUGAGUCGAAUGUCCUUACAAUCCUUACUAGUUCAAUUUCCGACUUGAAAUUUGGCAAUUUCUCCGAUCAUCUAAUAUUUUCUCGUGACUACAUGAGUGUAAAAAUAUGGGAUUCACGAAUGCCAACCCAACCGGUUGAAGUUUAUCCCGUCCAAUUUCAUUUAAGGAAACAUCUCACUGUAUUAUAUGAGACUGAAUUACUUUUUGAUGACUUCAAGGUAACUAUAUCCUCUGAUGAUAGAUAUAUAAUGACUGGUUCAUAUAAUAAUACUGUUAAAGUUUUUGAUCGUCGAAAUCCUGUCGAAGGUUCUUACAAAUUAAUUAUGCAAGAUGAAGAGGCUAAUUCAUUUAUUGAUCCAUUUCGUACUACUGAUGGUAGUGGUACUUCAGUAUUUGUUUCACCGAUACCAGAUAGUAUUGAAUUACCUUGGCCACGACGAUUACAUGAUGAUUUAAUUGAUACAAAUGAAGAUUUUUCUAAAUCAUCAACAUUUGGUGAUAAUUCAAAUGAACAAUUAUUCACUGUAAAUGUUGGACGUAAAUGGUUACAAGUUAGUUGGCAGCCUGGAUUCAAUGUGGCCGCUGUCAGUCAUUCAGAUGGUAUACAUUUAAUUGAAGCACUAAGUUAGCAUUAUAUGCAAUUUAUGUAAUUUCAUUAUAUAUAUAUAUAUAUAUAUAUAUAUAUAUAUAUAUAUAUAUAUAUAUAUAUAUACUUUAUUUUCUUCAGUGAAAUCACAUUCCUAGUUGUAUGUUUUUGCCUUCAUUGCCUUCGUCUUUUUUUUGUUUUGUUUUUCUAAAUAAACAAGCAAACAAACAUUUUCAUGAUAAUAGUGAUACAUUUCAAUGAAUAAAAUGCUUUGCUUUAUCUGUUUUAUUUUCCACCUGAAUUUAUUUAUUUUUAACAUUCGACAGACAUUGUUAACUAGAUGUAUACAUAUACGUCUAUUGGUAAAUAUUGCCUUCUUGUAAACUGUCAGUAGAAAUCUUCUGUUCACCCAUUCAUUUAUUCAUUCAUUCAUUUAUUGUCUCUUUCUAUCAUAUUCUUGUCAUACUUUUGUCCAAGAAGAUUUCACUUUCUUUCCUCUCUCUAAAAGGAAUCAUUCAUAAAAAUCGAAUUAGUUUUAUUAUUUUCGAGUUCUGCUUUUCUUUCUGUUGAGUCAAGGUGUACUGUUAUGUGCAUCCACACACACACACACACAAGCAGACGAAGAGAGCGGUGUUGACAGACAACAUAUUCUCUUUUAUCCCCUUCUCUGAUAUUUUGUGCCAAACACAAUUGUUUUCCAUGCAUUGAUAAUUUCUUUUGUUGUUGUUCCCCUAGAUUUCAAUUAUAGCAGUGUACAUACACAUAGGAUACAUACAAUAUAUGUUCUGUAUACUCCACCUCAUGGAACAUAGCACUAUUCACAUUAUUUUAACAACUGAAACAACGAAACAAUAGGUCAGGUGGAAGUAAUUGCUGAAACAAAUUUAGAUCUUUGUCUCUGUCUCUUUCAUCAACGCAUCAUAAUAAUAAUAAUAUUGUUAUUAUUACUGCUAUUACUAUCACUAUAACUACGAUUAAGUACUGAUUAUCACUACUAAUUAUGAUAACUGUUAUUAUUACUGUUGAUAUUAUUGCUACUAAUAAUGAAAUAGAUUUUGUUUUUUGUAGAAUCAUUUUCCGGUAACUUUUCUUACUUGGAUUAUUAUCAAAAUAAAUGACGAGAUAAAAAAAGUUGUAUUUGAUGAUUAGAGAA